UCGAGGCGUUACGGGACCACCAAUCACAAGAAGGUUUCAUCAUACAGUCUGGUCUGUUGCGGAGUGAGAGAAUGCGGCGCCAAGCUAUUAGCCUGCAUACAAUUUUGAAUAUGUCGGGUUCUACGUAUCGUCUGUUGUUGAGGACAUGUACGCGGAAUCGGAGGCUUCAAAUCCCCCAGCGAACUCAGGGACAUGGUGAUCAGGAGAGUAAAAUCGCAGCUGGUGGAAUUAACGACAGUUUACAUCCAGUGAUUUCAGCAAGUGAUAGUGAUAAUGGCUCAAGUCGGACCAGGUUGUUCACGACAGCAUGCGCUAUUGGGAUUGGAAUUGGUGGUGCUUUGUUACUAAAUUCCCAACGAGACCGGGAACAGUCUACCGCAUCUGGUACUUGGAGAACUCUACCCAGGUUCACGGCUCAGAGUUCUGCUCUUGGAGCGGUUCUGUCAACCGCGCAGUGCGCUUCCCCAGCUAAACUCGAUGGUCCACGUUACAAAUACAACUUCAUAGCAGAUGCUGUAGAGAAGUCUGCACCUGCAGUUGUGUACAUCGAAAUAAUAGGACGGCAUCCCUUCUCUGGCCGGGAAGUCCCCAUCUCAAAUGGCUCUGGGUUCAUUGUCACUAGAGAUGGGCUAAUUGUGACCAAUGCCCAUGUAGUGGCCAAUAAACGGGGAGUUCGGGUUAGGCUGGCCAAUGGGGAGGCAUAUAAUGCCACCGUACAGGACGUAGACCAGGUUGCAGACAUUGCCACCAUCAAAAUCAGUGCCCAGCACCCCCUCCCCACACUUCCCCUGGGAGCAUCAGCAGAUGUGCGACAGGGUGAAUUUGUGGUUGCCAUGGGAAGCCCAUUCGCCCUGCGGAACACCAUCACGUCAGGCAUUGUCAGUUCUACACAGAGGGGCAGCCGCGAGCUGGGACUGUCCAAUUCCAAUAUGGACUACAUCCAGACUGAUGCUGCCAUUGACUUUGGGAACUCAGGUGGACCACUUAUUAACUUGGAUGGUGAGGUUAUUGGCAUCAACACGAUGAAGGUGACAGCAGGCAUCUCCUUUGCCAUUCCCUCAGACCACCUUCGACACUUCCUCGCUCGGGCUACCGAGAGGAAGAAGUCUCACUUGGGAGAGUCUGCAGCAAAGCGACGGUACAUUGGAGUGAUGAUGCUGACGCUUACACCCAGCAUCAUUUCGGAGCUGAAACUGCGUGACCCCGCCUUUCCAGACAUCCUCCAUGGGAUUCUCAUCCACCGGAUCAUCAUGGGCUCCCCGGCCGAUCGGGCGGGGAUGAAACCGGGUGAUGUCGUGGUGGAGAUCAACAACGCGGUGGUGCGGACGGCAGAGGAGGUCUACCGCGCAGUGCGAAGCAGCGACAGCCUUGGCAUGGUGGUGAGGAGAGGUUGCGAGCUACUCAGGCUGCACAUGACCCCAGAGUUGACUGAGUGACACGAGAGAUGACAAGAAUGUGGGAACAAGAUGGGGCAAAAGAGAAGCCAGUGGGCCAGAGAAUAACAGAGAUAUCCAGGCAGCCUGUGUUUUUCGUUAAGAGUACUUUGCACACAAAAAAAUCAUCUUGGAGAUGAUGUGUGUUCCAUGUGGGCAUUGAUAUCUGUGCUGGGCGUUCAUUUACUGAAAAGAUGUAUUACAGAAGUAGUGUCUGUAUGCAGUCCAUUUUCGGUGUCUAUUAAGGGUGACCAAUUCCAUAACAACACAUUCUUCGGUUCUGAGGUAUAAUUUGCAAUUCUGUGGGAUGAAUAAGCAGAUUUGGUUGUCAAGUACUGGAUUUUUAACUACUUAUCCUGUUUCAUUUAAUUGUAAAAUUAUUCUAAUUUUCCCAGCAAACUAGUGAGCUACCAAAUAAUUUAAAAAGUAACAGCAUGUGCUAAUUCACAGAUAUUAUUAGCAACCAAGACAGACGAUAUUGACAUUUCUGUAUCUUAUCUGUGACCUUGCCUAACAAUACCAAAUUUCUGAAAAUCAUCUGGUUUCUUAGUUUUCAUGUAUUUCCAGUGGAAACGCAAUUUCCUACCUCUUCAGAUGCAUAGGGGUUGUAAUCAAGUGACAGGAUAACGACAAUGGCUUGAUAAAUAGUAUCUGCAAAUAUCUGAGCCACUUGUCUCUACCAUGUUCUUUCCACAAGGGUGGAUCAAAAAGGCUGAGGGGAAGUGGAUUCUGGAUAUUUAUAUAUUUGUUGAUAUUUAUAUACAUUUACUUACUGUGGCUUCUUGAAUGAGCCCCAGCUGUGGGCCUUGAGUUUGCUGUCAAUGACUACUAUCAGGCCUUGUGUUGAGACAUUCCUCAAGUGAGAUGCUUGAGAUGAAUCUGACCGUUAAACCUAGGCACCUCAGGAAUUUUCGUUACUCAGUUUCAAUGCACUAUUCUAACAUUGGCGUGAUAAUCAGCUACUAAUUGCUUUAAUAUUAAUUGGUGUGGAAACUGGAGAUUUGUAAGCUUUUGAUUGACUAAAAACAUUUAAUUAUAUUGACAGAAGAGAGUACAUUUUUAAUAUUUUGCAAAUGUGGCUUUUUGUACUGGAUAAAAAUUUAAACACUAAUGGACUUGUAAAUAAAAUAAAUACAUGAAUAUACAUAACAUAAUUUUGAAACAGAUUGCACAUUUUAAGUGAUGCUGGUAUGAGUCACAGUAAAAUUUUAUAUUCUGUACCUAAAAAGGCUGCCUUUUUACCCCUCAUUUGCAUGCUUGUGAAACAAUGUAUUACAAACGCAUUAUGUGUGAACUAUAAACAUUUUGAUAUUCAUA